AGUCUUAGUUGGAAUUUCGUGGUCCCUGAGCUCUGGAACAAUGAGGGGAUAGACGAGCCAGCUUUCACAAAGCCAUAAAUUGCUGUGGAAUCUGCAGCAGGGAACUAUUAUAUGAUUUGCAUUGUGCUGGAACAAAGGAGAAAUGGUUAACCGCUUGGUUUUUGUGCCAUGGUCCAAAGUCACAAUCGGAACUACUUAUGACGAUAAUAAGUUCGAUUUGUGAUCAAUGGCUACUUCACCCCAAAUCUAGCAAAGGUGUGCUCAAUGGCUAUUGUGCUGUGUAGUAAGAAAAUCGUACUCAAAAUAUCAUACGUGAAGGAGUGCUCAGUCACAAUUAAAUGAGAAUAGAGUGUGGAAGAUGUUGACAGGGCCGGCCCUGAGGGGGGGCAGGGGUGGCGGCCGCCCAGGGCCCCACCCCAGGUACGGUUCUUCUACAGCAGGCAGUCGGCAUCAGGCCUGACCGGCAUAAUCUGCUCUAUGUAAUAGUGUUGCUGCUGAUAAAAAAGAAAAGGCCGGCCCAGUCCAUAGAUAGGAGGCAGGCAGCAGCCCCGCGCGGGAUAAUAGGAGAUCAAGCGACGCCAGUCAUGCACGACGAGGUGCCGCAAGUGCCGGAUGGACUGGAGAAGAAAAAGGAAAGAAAAAACAACUAGUUCCAUCGCAGAAAUUAGCCUGACCGCCUGCCAAAUAAUCAAUACGCCUGCUUGUGACUGUGGCAUCGGCUGAUUGAAGCUUCUCAAAAUUGAAAUUAUUUAAAAAUUAUUUGCGGUCAACAAUGUGUCAAGAAAAGUUAGAUGACAACAUUAUGCAUCGAGCAGAAAGAAAGGUUAGAUGACAACAUUAUUCAUCGAGCAGAAAUUAUUGGACGAGGCAGACAUUGACCCCCUCGUAACUGACUUUUCAUCGAGAAAUGUUAGAAGAAAUUUUAAGGCCACUUGUUUCUAGCCAACACUCCUCCGUACUCUUCUAGCAGCAACUAGCCCACACAUCAUCGACUACAGUAAUCAAGACCGCCGGCAGAGUGCUGCUGUAGCUGGGAGGGAUGACGAGCAAGUCGGAAGCGCUGGACUACGUGCUGGUGCCGCUGGGGCUGGCGGUGAUGGCUGGGUACCACCUGUGGCUCCUCCUCCGCAUCCGGCGCCGCCCAGCCACCACCGUCAUCGGCAUCAACGCCAUCAACCGCCGCAUCUGGGUCCGCCACAUCAUGGAGGACGCCUCUGGGAAGAACGGCGUGCUGGCGGUGCAGACGAUGCGCAACGCCAUCAUGGCCUCCUCCGUGCUCGCCACCGUCGCCAUCACCCUCAGCUCCCUCGUCGCCGCCCUCAUGGCCAGCGGCGCCGCCCACGGCCUCUUCUCCAGAAGGGACGACGUCGGCGACGGGAACAGCAAUAUCAUCGUCUUGGGCGCGACGGGGGAGGUGGCGCUGUCGGCCAAGUUCCUCGCCAUCCUUAUCUGCUUCCUCGUUGCCUUCCUCCUCAAUGUGCAGUCCAUCCGGUACUACAGCCACACCGGCACGCUCAUCAACGUGCCGCUCCGGGCGCACCGCCGCCCAGGCCUCGCCGUCGACUACGUCACCGGCACGCUCAACCGUGGCAGCUACUUCUGGUCGCUGGGGGUCAGGGCGUUCUACUUCUCCUGCCCGGUCUUCCUCUGGCUCUUCGGGCCCAUCCCCAUGUUCGCCGCCUGCGUUGCCAUGGUCUGCACACUCUACUUCCUCGACGUCUACAAGGAGUGGGAGGAGGAGGAGAGCGACGGCUGCGGCGGUGGAGACGAAGAAACCAAGGCGGACACCGCGACCGCCACCGCCACCGCCGUCUGAAUCGGAGAACCCUGGCCUGUGGGCGUUCUGGAUUCAACUUCUCGUUGAAUUUAGAUCUAUCAGUAGCGCGUCGUCGUAGCUAGAAAUAAUGUUUGGUUCCAACGCUUGUUUGUGCGAAAACAGUCAGAUGUUUUUGCCGUCUAUCUGUUCGUCAGAAGGUUUCGUUAACGUCGCUUUCUCUUAAAUGUACUUGUUAUAAGUAGCUGCUGUUUUGUCCUUGAGCAAAACAGUCAGAUGUUUUUUUACCGUUUGGGUCUGU